AUGACAAAAUCAAAUAAAAUGUUAAACAGGAUUGGUGAUGCAUGGUCAAAUACUGGUAGUGGAAAUUAUGGUCGAUAUUCUCACACAGCAUCCGUGUUAGCAAAUGGACAAGUAUUAGUUGUUGGUGGAUUGAAUGGUGUUGCUUUGAAUAAUGCUGAGUUAUAUGACCCAUUAACGGCAGUGUGGACAACUACUGGCAGUAUGAAUUAUACUCGAUAUAGACAUACAGCAUCUAUGUUAAGCAAUGGAAAUAUUUUAGUUACAGGUGGAUUGAAUAGUGUUGUUUUAGAUAAUGCUGAGUUGUAUAAUCCAUCAACAGGAAUGUGGACAAUCACUGGCAGUAUGAAUUAUAUUCGAUGUUAUCACGCAGCAUCCGUGUUAACAAAUGGAAAAGUGUUAGUUACGGGUGGAUCUAGUGGUAUUCCUUUAAAUCAUGCUGAGUUAUAUGACCCAUUAACAGGAGUGUGGACAACUACUGGCAGUAUGAAUUAUACUCGAUAUAGACAUACAGCAUCUAUGUUAAGCAAUGGAAAUGUGUUAGUUACAGGUGGAUAUAAUGGUGUUGCCUUAAAUAGUGCUGAGUUGUAUAAUCCAUCAACAGGAAUGUGGACAAUUACUGGCAGUAUGCAUUUUACUCGACAGCAUCACACAGCAUCUGUGUUAACCAAUGGAAAAGUGUUAGUUACAGGUGGAUAUAAUGGUGUUGUUUUAAAUAGUGCUGAGUUAUACGACCCAUCAACAGGAAUGUGGACAAUCACUGGCAGUAUGAAUUUUAGUCGAAAUUCUCACACAGCAUCAGUGUUCACAAAUGGACAAGUGUUAGUUACUGGUGGACUUGAGAAUAUUUUUUUAGAUAGUGCCGAGUUGUAUGACCCGUCAACAGGAAUGUGGACAAUCAUUGCUAGUAUGAGUUUUACUAGAGCUUUCCACACAGCAUCCGUGUUAACAAAUGGAAAAGUGUUAGUUACUUAUGGAUUAGAUAAUCUUGGUGUUUUAAAUAGUUCGGAGCUAUACCAACCAUAA